UUUCGCGGUACCGGUGUGUUGGCAGCAACGGCGGAGGAUUGUUUCGGUGUGAACGGCGGAGGAAACGCGUUCGGUACCGAAGGAUGGAGCGAGGAUGUAAUAACGCAUUAUAACACAGGACUAAACUACUACAUCUGUCUGAAAAACACGCCGAGAGCCGUGACUCCAUGAGUUCCUCGCGGGCUUCAGUUCACGGUUCCUCCAUGUUCCCCUCCAUGACCAACUCCAUCUCCGAUCCGCGUUUCCGUUUCCGGUGGCGGGCCAUCGGUGUGGCAGCACUGCUAGCAUUAGCCGUCCUGUUGUACCAGCACCACACAUCCACUGACCAUGGAUCAGACUCCCCUGAAAACAGCCCACGCUCAUGGAGAUCCAGUCGGGAUGUCUCUGGUGCAAUGGUGGAUGCAGAUCCAAUCGGGGCACGGUAUAACGACACGUACCCGCUCAGCCCUCCAGAACACACAGCCAAUGGGAUCCGCUACCGUAUCGCAGUCAUAGCAGAUCUGGACACAAACUCGCGCAGUAAAAAGGACAAUACGUGGUUCAGUUAUUUAAAAAGAGGACAUGUUCUGGUGUCGGAAAGCGGAGACAGUGUUUCGGUGGAGUGGGAUCCGAAUACAGUGGCUCUGGAGAGCCAUCUGUCCGAGAAGGGCCGCGGGAUGGAACUUUCCGAACUGGUGGCGUUUAAUGGACACUUGUACAGUGUGGAUGACCGUACCGGUGUGGUGUACCGGAUUGAGGGGAACCGAGCCGUGCCGUGGGUCAUUCUGACGGAUGGAGACGGCAGCGUUUCUAAAGGUUUUAAGGCGGAGUGGAUGGCGGUGAAGGAUGAGCAUCUGUAUGUCGGUGGUCUCGGUAAGGAGUGGACCACCAUCACCGGCGAGUUCGUCAAUAAUAACCCAGAAUGGGUGAAGGUGGUUGGUUUCCAUGGUGACGUGGAGCAUGAGAACUGGGUACCGCGGUACAGCGCACUGAAGAGGGCAGCAGACAUCAAACCUCCAGGUUAUCUGAUCCACGAGUCAGCGGUGUGGAGCGAGCGUCUGCAGCGCUGGUUCUUCCUCCCACGGCGAGCGAGUUCAGAGCGUUACGAUGAAACGGCGGAUGAGAGGCGCGGCACAAACCUGAUACUGCGCUGCUCCUCAGACUUCAGCCGGAUCUCUGCGUCCCGCGCCGGCCCGCUCAAACCCACGCUCGGCUUCUCCUCCUUCAAGUUCAUCCCGGACACCGAUGACCAGAUUAUCCUAGCGCUGAAGUCUGAGGAGGACGCGGGAAACAUUGCCACGUACAUCACCGCAUUCACGCUCGACGGCCGGAUACUGCUGCCCGACACCAAGAUCGCGGACGUUAAAUAUGAAGGGCUGGAGUUUAUAUAGAAGCAGAGCUAUGGCCACGCCCACACAGGGGCGGAGCAAUCCAGUUACUUUUAAAAGUCAUAUAUUACAAUCUU